CUACAACGCGCCCACAGCCUGUGACAGCUGUGUUUAUGUACAGAUCGAUGUGAGCGCUUCAUGGACAGCACACUGUACCGAUGCGGCGUGCUUCGCGGUGCCCUUUCGUACCACCUGUCACGGUGAAGUCCCAUCUUCUCUUCCAAACUAGCUGCGCACUUGUAGGUAUUCAUAACUAUCCAUUGGGCGAUAUGUUUACCAGCACCCCAUCAUCUCACAGGGAAGGACUCAGAGCCCUCAGCUGCCUAUCCAUCCGCUAUGACCAACUUCUCUCUCAACACAUCGGGUGUAGCAGGAGUAUUCGGUGGCGAGGAGGCAGUCGCUACCAUGGCCACCGUACACGUUUACGAACACAGGAAGUGGCUGGGCUGGUACAACUCCCCCGGCUCGUACACAGUCGCCAAACGGUAUGGCCUACUUGCCAACUCAAGAUUUUUUUCCGGUAUCUUUCCGGGGAUUCACACAGACCCUGCUACUCUCUUCGAGCUAGAUGGAUGGAGGGGUCCCAAGUUUAGAGCUGCCCACUCAGGAAGCAUCCUCGAUGAGACUGGUCACCUAGCUUCAUUGUUCUUAAAAGAAUGCUCAGACUUGCCUGCAGACGCCGUGCCCGGGAGGCAGACAAAGCAGAUAGGUGUGACCGUCGCCGAGCUCCAUCAUGUGCCAGAAGAGCACAUGUAUCCCCAGCCUCUCGAUAUGGCCUCUCCUAUCGUUGCUCUCAUCCCGAUCACAGUCAGCAUCGGUACUUCUGUUACGUGCGCCUAUUUCCACGACUGGUUUUCGUUCUCCAUGAUCCUUCUUGGCACUAUCGCUAGCGGCGUUUCUUGCUUGGUCAUCGGGUCUGGUAAACUCACCUUCACGCAUCCCAAGGCAGCUGAUGGCUGCCCUCCUGGAGAUGGCGUCCUUGGUACCGAUAAGGAGAUCGCCGUGUUGAGAGGCCCGGAAGGUGCUGUUAACUGCAUAACUCGUGGCAAAUUUUCUUUGCUUUUCAGCAGUGAACCCCAUUAUGACAAUAUCGGGUGGUGUUCAGUGCUCUUAAUGAUCCAGUUCGUCGGCCAGCUGCUCCUUAUUCCACAGGGAUCGCUCUUCGGCCAGUCGUUGUUCCUUGCUUCCCUUGCUGUAUCUUGGGCAUACAACCUGUGGUUGUCUGCCUUGGAUAAGGAGAAAAUCCAGAGAGCGAUGUUGAUGACACGUGUGCUACGCCGUCCCAAGAUGAAAAGGUACCUGCUCGGUACGCGGACCUCGAUGGCUGUCUUCGUGACUCUCCUUCUCAAGCCUGAAGAACCAAGGUUGAUUCUUGACCACCUAAUCUCCAACGACACACCGCUCUGGAACUCGUUUAAGGAGACCAUUUCCCAGCGCCUGUGUACCAUGGAGAAGGAGAAGCUUCAUUUCGAUCCUCCUGAUCAGGAUCGACCGUCUACCGUGUCAGACGAGAAGUUGUGGCGAACCCUCUACAACGACGCUCAAUUCAGCUUACAAGGCAUAUCUCGAGUACUGCAGGGCACAGUGACCUUCCCUAUCCGGGAUCGUUAUCGCUGCCACCCAUUUCCCUGCAUCAUCUGGAUUCCGUUCUUACCGCCUUGGAUUCCACGCAUUACUAUGGCUGUCUUCUUUACCAUCGAUAUGUCCAUGCAUCUUAGGGCUUCUUACGCUCACAAAACAGGUUGGCUGCAUCAUCCAUGCUGGCGUACCGCGAGUUCCGUGCUGCUGUCGCUUGCCUUAGCAAUUGUAUACCCAUAUCCAUAUUCUGUACGAGGCAUAUAAUAACCAUACUUUGUACUGCAGAUGCAGCUUCGCAUCUCAAUCUCAUGCCUGGUGGGUAGUUUUCUGUAAAAGAACGAAGGGACGGUAUUCUACCGGAAAUGAAGCAGAGAUCGCGGUGAGCACGGAACGAAUACUAACAACGGGACGUUGCGACUUCAGGGGGAGGGUGCCAACUAACCACAACAAUACCUUCCAUGAAUGUUUCAUGCUAGAUUAAUAU